CCUAUCGACUUAUAUAGUCUGAGUCGUAUUCUACUUAUUAAAUUAUUUAUCGUUCUUAAAACAAUAUUUGAAUAUUACGAUUUAUGAUGCUCUUUGCUAGCACAAAUUGGUCAUCGCCACAUAAAUUUAUAUAUUUUUUUAAAACGAUCUGAAUGUUACAGUCUUCAUAUUUUGCACUUGUAUAAAAAAUUACGAUUUGGAACUCAACAUUUGCCCAAACACUUAAUAAAAAAUGGAACCAUUGAUGCCAUCCGAAGUCGCUCGUUUAGUGUACGGUUAUCUAAAAAAAGAAAAAAAUGAGGAUGCUGCAGAAUGCUUUUUAAAAACAUCUCCUCAUUUGACUGAAUGUUUUCAGAUGUUUAAAGCUAAAAGAAACUUUAAUAUUAAAGUGAAUGGUUUUAAUUUACAUGACAUAUUUGAAAAUUUUGGAACCAUGUGUACUAUGAUUGAAGAGCGAAUACCUGAAACAUGUGAAUCCAAAACAUUACUUGAAAAAUUACAAUAUUUGUUAGAUACACACCAUAUAUCGAUGAAAAAAGAUAAAUUUGUUGAGACAAAACUAAAUAUGGUUGACAAAUGUGUUGGUAAUACAGUCAAUACUAAAGAUCAGAGUACACAUACAACAAAAAAUAUAGAAGCAAAUAAAAAUAUAUCAGAAGAAUUAGAAAUUCCAUCAUUCACUGAGGUAAUUACUAAUAACGUUUCUAAGACAAAAGAAAUUGACCCAAUUAAUAAUGAGACCACAAUAACUGAUGAGAAAAACUCGGUUACAUUUUCUUCGCCCUGUUUAUCUUCAAUGACACAACCAUUAGAAAAUAAUACAAGUACUAUGCCAUUUUCUAAAUUUGAUGAAGACAAAGAAUCAAAAAUAUUUCAAAUAAAUAAACAAAUUUGUAGUACUCCAGCGAAGAAAAAUGAAGAAACAAAAUUAAAUAUUGAGUCAAUGCCACAAUUUAGUCCAAAAAAUAUUCAUAAUUUAAUUUCUAGUGAUCAUGCUGAAUUCCAGCAAAUACCAGAAGCAACUUCACUUGACUCUAUGCCAGGGUUGUCAAAAGAAGAUAGGAUAAAGGAUAGUUCAGUUAUUAUUGAUACUGGUGAAUUAGUAGAUACAUUUUUGAAUGACCAAAGUUUGUUGGAAAAAAUUGCUGAUACUAUAAAUAAAUCUUUUGAGGCUCAUAAAGAAACUGACAAUGUACUAGAAACUAAAGUUUUAGAUUCUCCUACACUUGAAAAAGCAUUAGACUCUACUCAGUCUGAUCCACAGAUUAAAAACAUACUGGAUGAGUUUUUAGUUUUUAAUGUUGAUAAUACUGAUAUUGUUAAAAAAUCAUGUAAUGAUGAUCAACUAGAUUCAAUCAAAUCUCGUUUACGUAGUGCCAGAAAAAAAGAUGAUGUACCAAACAAAUUAAAAAAGAAUAAUUUUAAUAUUCCAAAGCAAAUUGUUUAUGGUAAUGAAGAAUGUAUAAAAGUUGACAAUAAUAUUGUACUGAUACAUGAAGGUAAUAUCAGAACAACAGUUUUUGAGAAUUAUGAUUUAUUAUCAAAUCAAUUGGUUUUACAACCAAGUGACUCAUAUAACUUUGACUCCUCUAAAAUAGAACCAGGAGAAGAUUAUUUAGCUAAAGUUGACUAUGUAAAAAUUGCUCCAAAAAUAACUCCUAUGUUAAAGACUCACCAAGCUCCCGAAAAACAUAUAUUUCCAAAACGAAGAAGACAGUCGUUGGAAGUUCCUGGCAUAAGGAGUAAAUUUAGGAGAACAAAUAUAACUAGACAACUACCUAUUCAGACUCCUAAAUCAAUUAUUAUUGAAGUUCCUAAUCAAAAUUCAUUUGAAACUCAAGAAAAAAUUCAUAAUGAAAUAAAUGAUAUUGUUAAAUUACAUGAAGUUUCAUCUGAAUUCAAUGAUGUAAUUGUUCAUGAUACACCAGAUGAUAGACUAAAACCUCCAAAAAAUAAAAGUAUGAGUACACCUCGUAGGAGAAGCACUCAUAUAAGAUGUUUAGAUUUUAGUACUCCUCAGCCUAAGAAUAUGACUCAAACUCAAGCUCGUUCAAAACUUUUCUGUAAUACCCCAAAAAGACUUGAAAAAUGUUUGGAAGAACCCUCAUCUAGUCCUUUACCAAAACUUCAAGCUGAUUGGGGUUCGGUUAAUGGAUUUGAAUCAAUGAUUAAAAAAGAUAAUAUUAAACACUGGGAUUCAGAUAUUAGAGAAAUGGUAGGGGCUGGAAUUUUAACGUCAGAUGCUGAUGGAAGAAAAACGAGAAAAAAGAAAACACCACGAAAAAAAAUUAAACCAGCCAAUGCACAAAAUAAUUCUGUUGUUUUGAUUGAUGAACAAAAGAAAUCAAAUAAUAUUUCAACUGUGGAAAAUGGAUUACAUACCAGUGUAACAAAUAUUUCUGAAACCUCGUAUGAUGAUGGCUUAAAUGUGCAAGACUCUAAUAAGCCAUUAUCAGACAUUCAAAAGUCAUUAAAGGAACAGAUAGAAUUUCCUAUUUCAUUGGAAACUUCAAAAAUUGUUAAAGAAGAUAGUAAACAAACUUCAAUUAAAUCUGAUACUUUAAAUAACUUGGACAAUAAAAAAUCAUUGAAAAAACAGAACACAUUUCCUAUUUCAUUAGAAACCCCAGACAAAAUAACAGAAUUAUAUAAUCAGCAACCACAAACUAUAUCUGAUUCUUUGAAAAGCAUCAAUGAUAAAAAAUGCACCGAAAAACAAAAUGAAUUUUCAAUCUCCUUAGAAACUCCAGAUAAAACUACCGAAUUGUGUAUUGAACAACCAUCUGUUAAAUCUGAUUCUUUAAAAAAUGAUAGUAAUGAAAAAUCACUGAGAAAAGAAAAUCAAUUUACGAUUUCUUUAGAAACUCCAGAUAAAAUAACUGAAUUAAAUAAUAAACAACUGUGUAACAAAUCUGAUUCUUUAAAAAGCCAGAGUGCUACUCAAAUUAACUUGGAACAAUCUCAUGAUAAUGAACAGAAAAAUAAUCAAAAUCAAUUAACUAAAUCUUCUAUUUUAAAUACCACACCAGAAAUGAUAAAUCAGGAAAAAGAUUCAAAUUUUUUAAAAACAAUUAAUAAUCAUAAUUAUUCAUUAUCUGAAAAGAAGACAAAUGAACCAAUUAAACUUUUAAGUGUACAAGGUUUAUUUGAUCAAACUGAUACAAAAAAUUCAAAUGAAUUAAAUAGUCCAGUAAAAUGUAUUAACAUUGAACCAGUUAAACCCAAUCUAGUUGAAACCCCAUAUAAAUGUGAUGAUGCUGCUGUUGAUGUGCCUGAAACUCCUAUUUCAAAAAUGAUACGUGAAUAUGAUCCAAGUAAGAUGGUCACACCAUUGCCGUGUACACCAGAACAUUAUGAUGAUUCAUUGACAGAAACCCCUUUGACCAAAAUAUUCAGAGAAACAUCAUAUUUAAAUAGACCCCCAAUUUCACCAUUUCCUCCUACUCCAGGAAAUUCAAUGUCCGUUGAUACUUUAAUAGUUCCCCCAGAACAAGAUAGUGUUAAUCCCACAAAUAAUAUAAAUUGUAAAAUGAACAGUUUGAAGGCUACAAAACCUAUUCAGACAACUACUAAUAGUGAAUUAUCUACCAAGACAAAGAAAGAUAAAGUUGAAUGUACACCCUUAAAAUCUAAAUUAAAAAUUUCGAAUAAACCUAAGAUAAAAAAAGGAUUAAAAAUAAAAAAUAUUGAAGUAACAAAAAAGCAAGUGUAUGAGUCUGUUAAAGUUGAACUAUUUGGAAGUGAAAUUUCAACAAGUCCAGAUACUCGUGGAUUAUUAAAGACUAAUGAACAGCACAAGACAAUAGUUAUUAAUAAAAAACCACAAGCAGAAGAGAAAAAAUCUGGUUUUAAACCUAUACCUAAAAGAAAAUCAAUUGAAUCUUUAUCAGUUGUAAAUGAUAAUGGUAAUGAAACUCAUUUAACGAACGAAUUAAACAUGCAAUCUAUUAAGACUUCAUUUAUUAAACCAAUAAUGGUACAAUGUGAGAAUAAUAAUGAUAACAUACAAGAAAAAGUAAAAAAAACAAUUUCAAAAAAAAUUAAAAAGUCCAUGGUACAUUUUGAUGACCCAGUUGAAAAAUUCUUUAGAUUAUCUAAAAGUCCAACAUUGGAUGAAUCCAAUAUCAAAAAUAUUGAUAAAAUACCAACCAAAACCAUGGUGAAUGACAAUUCUGAACAGUUAAUUGGGUUAAGUAGGUAUUUGAAUAAAACUUCUCCGACAGUUUAUGACUGUAGUCCAAAAGAGAAAAAAAUCAAAUUGAUAGAACCCAUGGUUAAGACUCCUAAACUAAAUAACAGUGAUUCUAAUAUUAAUUAUUCAGGAAUGUAUAACAUAGAUAAAUCCAGUAAGAAUAUAUCAACAAGUUAUUUUAGUAAUGAAACAAAAACUCAUGAAAUGAACAAUCAAAAUAUUAAAUUAAUUGAGAAUUGUAUAUCAAACAUAAAUAAAGUAUCUGAUAGAAAAGAAAAAAAUUCAGUUUAUAAUAAAUCCACCGUACCAUUGGAAUUGGUUCAAACCACGCCUAAGGAUAAUAACAUUUCUAAUCCAAAUUGUAUUUCUGAAAGUAAAAUUAAUACCAGUCUUGACAAAUCUGAAUCAUCUAUCGUUAAUAGUAGUACUAAUAAUACUUCCUGUGUUACUAUUACACAUGAUGAUAAAUUAGAUAUUCAGAUAAAUAAGGUCUGUGAUCCAUUAAACAAUAUGGAAUAUUUAAAAAAGCCAAAAGUAUAUGAAGUCAUUACUGAAGAUGGUGAACAUGAGAUGGUGUAUUUAAAUGUAUCAGAAACAUUCACUUUUCUUGAUAUACCUUCAGAAUUAAACAAUGUACAACCAUCUGAACCAAUUGUAUCACCAUUGAUAACAACAAACAAAAUGUUGGACAUUACUCCGAAAAUGCAAAGUGGUGAAUUGGAGAAUGAUGAAGAAUUACUCAUGCCAGUGACUAGCACUCCUAAAGAUGAUGUUGAGAUAAAAAAUGAAAAAGACGACAGAACUAGAAGAAGCCCCAGUUUUUGGGAUGAUUCCGUUCACAAUUAUCCAAUAAAACACAGAGAUGACAGACAUAGAGAUUCGAAUCGUUGGCAAAAUAAAACACAUCAUAAAUAUGAUAAAAAACAUAGGCCAAACAAAUUUAGAUACCACGAUGAGCGAUCACAAUUUGAUAGUUGGAACCAUUUUCAAAGAAGUCAUCAUCAAAACGUGAAAAGAGAGUUUAGAGAAGAUUCAGUAAAAGAUAAAUAUAGAUAUAAACACAAAGAUGAAAAAAGACGAAGCUAUCAUGAUUAUAGUAAAGGAAGAAAUUGGCCUGAAGAAAAUGAAAGAUUUUCAAUUUCACAAAGAAUGUCACAAAAUGAUUUACAUAAGUUAACUAGAUCAGAAGAUAUUGUUAAAAAGGCUACUAAAAGACCGGCAGAUCGAACUGUACAUAAUAAGACUCCGGCUAAAGUUUCCAAAGUUGAACAUCAACGGUUGCUGAAGAACGUAGAUGUUGAUGAUUUUUUGUCUGUUGUACAUGGUCAAAAAUAAAAAUACUUAAGCAGAUACUGUAAUUAUUGGUAAUAUUAAAUUAAUAUUAUAUUUUUAUAUCUGACCUAUAUAAAAAAAAAUGCUGUAAAUAUUUUAUUUUUUUCAAUUUUUUAUUUAGAAAAUUCUUCGUGUAUUAUUUUAAUAAGUAGUAACAGUAUAAGUGUAUUCUUCGUUAUUCUUAUUUAUUCAAUUAAAGAGAUUUUAAACCUUA